AUGUCAACUGCCAAGGUUCAGAAGAUUAUCAACGACAAUGGUGUCGUUGUCUUCUCAAAGUCGCGCUGCCCCUACUGCAGUGAUGCCAAAGGCACUCUAAGGAGUCUGGACACUGAAUUCCAAGUUCUGGAACUCGAUCAGAUGAGCGAUGGCAGCGAUAUUCAAACUGCGCUGCAGCAAUUAACCAAACAGCGCACAGUGCCAAACAUUUUCAUCAACAAAAAGCACAUUGGAGGAAACUCUGACUUGCAGAAGCUGUCUACUGGUCAAUUGAAGGGGCUUCUGAAGGAGGCUGGUGCGAUCUAG